AUGGCGGCGGGAUUCGAGGCUUACGUGGAGCAGAUCGAAGCCGAGGCGUGGGAAUACGGGAUCUGCGUGAUUGAACCCCCACCUGAGUGGCAGCCGCGAUCACGUGGGUACGAGGACGUGGAGGAUUGGACGAUCCCGAAGCCGAUUAAACAGCACGUGUCCGGCAGUCGCGGCGUGUUUCAGUCGAUCCACGUGGAGACUAAGUCGGUUACGGUGCGUGAGUUCCGCGCCGCGGCGCACUCGAAGGAGCACCGCGGCCCGUGGGGGGACGACGGGGAUAUCUGCUGCUUGGGGAACGCGACUGACGCCGCUAAUGCCGCUAGCGCGAGUGACGCUGCAGAAGCUGUUGGUAGCGAUUGUAACGAAGGGGAGGAGGCUAGUAACGAGGAUGGAGACUCUACGUGCGUUGCUCGCUGCGAAGGGACCGGAGACGCUAGUUGUGGGGAUGUGGAGCAGCAGCAGCAGCAGCAGCAGCAUUUUAGCAGCAGCCGUGGCGACGGUAGAGGUGACGGUGACGGGGAUGCGCGUCAGAAGGAGUGCAAACAUAGCAAGCACAGCAGGCGGAGCAAGCAGUGCAGGCACGUGGGUGGGAAGCUAACCCUAGCGGACAUGCAGACGUCCAUCGAGCGCAGCUUCUGGAAGAACGUCACGCACUCGCCGCCGCUCUACGGCGCUGACGGGCUCGGCUCGUUCUUCGACGCUGACGUGCAGGUGGGUGGUGGUGGGCGCAGGUGGGUGGUGGUGGUGGUGGUGGUGGUGGUGGUGGUGGUGGUGGUGGUGGUGGUGGUGGUGGUGGUGGUGGUGGUGGUGGUGGUGGUGGUGGUGGUGGUGGUGGUGGUGGUGGUGGUGGUAGGGGUGGCUGGAUGGAACGUGGGGUGCCUGUCAACGCUGCUAUCGCGCACACUCGAGAGAGCAGGCAUGCAGAUUCUGGGGGGCUGGAACGUGGGGUGCCUGUCAACGCUGCUAUCGCGCACGCUCGAGACAGCAGGAAUGCAGAUACCAGGAGUCACCACCCCAUACCGGGAGUCACGACGCCGUAUCUCUACUUUGGCAUGUGGCGCUCGCUCUUCGCAUGUUGAGAGGGCGGAUUGGGAGGGGGUGAAGGGAGAGGGAAGGGAGGGGGAAGGGAGGGAGAAGUUAGGGGGAAGCGAGGUGGAAGGUAGGGGGAAGGGAUGGGGAAGGGAGGGGGAGGAAGGGGGAAGGGAGGGGGAGGAAUGGGGAGGGGAGGGGGAGGAAUGGGGAGGGGAGGGGGGGAAUGGGGAGGGGAGGGAGAGGAAGGGGGGAGUGGGAUUCGGUGAGCAAGGAGGAGGGGAUGUGCACACAGAGGACAUGGACCUGUACAGUGUCAACUACCUGCACUUUGGAGCGCCCAAGUUCUGGUAUGUGGUGCCUCCGGAUGCCAAGGCACGCUUCGAGCGGCUGCUACAGGGGCUGCAACCAGCGCGGUUCAAGCAAUGCCCCGAGUUCCUGCGCCACAAGGUGGGGGGGAGCGGGUUUGAGCGGGUGGGGGUGGGUGGGAGUGGGUGGAGGAUCACAUCUGCUUCCGCAACACGCGCCUGGUUCAAGAAGUGCCCCGAGUCCCUGCGCUACAAGGUGGGGCUGGGGGUUGGUGGGUGUGAGUGGGUGGGAGUGGGUGGGAGUGGGUGGGUGGGAGUGGGUGGGAGUGGAUGGGUGGGUGCUCCCCUCUCUCUCUGUGCCCCACCAUCCGCACUUGCCUUCGUCCCUCCUCGGUCUCUCAAUCUCUCCUUCCCUCCCUCACUCCCUCCUUCCCACUCUCUUUCCCUCUCUCCUUCCCUCCCUCACUCCCUCCUUCCCACUCUCUUUCCCUCUCUCCUUCCCUCCCUCACUCCCUCCUUCCCACUCUCUUUCCCUCUCUCCUUCCCUCCCUCACUCCCUCCUUCCCACUCUCUUUCCCUCUCUCCUUCCUCCCUCACUCCCUCCUUCCCACUCUCUUUCCCUCUCUCCUUCCUCCCUCGCUCCCUCCUUCCCACUCUCUCUCCCUCUCUCCUUCCCUCCCUCGCUCCCUCCUUCCCACCCUCCCCCCCUCUCCCUCCCCCUCACUCACACACACUUUCGUUCUCCCGUGCUUGCUUGCUCGCUCUUGUGUGUGAGACGCUGGUGACCCCGCAGCUACUGCAGCGGCACAACAUCCCGUUCCUCAAGGUGCUGCAGCAGCCACGGCAGUUCGUCAUCAACUUCCCGGAAGCACAACAUCCCGUUCCUCAAGUAAAGGUGCUGCAGCAGCCAUGGCAGUUCGUCAUCAACUUCCCGGACCCCCUCUUUCUUGCCCAUAACCCUGGUGGUGCAAGUGGGACUACUGUGGGUGCAAGUGGGCCUAAAGGAGCGUCCCUGCUACUGCAUCGCAGGUGGGUGCAAGUGGGCCUCAAGGCCCGCCCCUGCUACUGCAUCGGUGACAGCGUGUGCAUUGACAUGGGGCUCUUUGUCCCUCCCCCUCCGCUCGCUCUCCUCUGCCCGGACGACGACUCCACCACUCUGCACCACCCCGAAUCUAUGGCUGCCGCUGCUGCUGGUGAUGCCGCUGCUGAUGCUGAUGAUGCUGGUGGUUGUUUUCUGGGCGGCAAUCUUGGGAGCUCUCAGGAGUUGCAGCAGCAGGGGGAGGACAACGACGGGUGUGGAGCAGAGGGAGAAGGAGCGGCAGCGGCAGAAGCAGCAGGAGCGGCAGGAGUGGAGCGGGUUAGGCUGGGAGCAAAGAAGCAGCCACUGCGUUCCCCUGCUGCUGCUGCUGCUGCUGCUGCCCGGGGUGCUGCUGGUUCUGCCCUUGCUAGAGGGCAGAACGGUCGUUUUGUGCGUGUCGCUAAGGCGGGAAAGGCAGGAGGAGGGAGGGGGGCAGCUGGUGCAAGGGGGGUGGGAGUUCUACCGAUAGUUUACCAUCGAAGGCGAGUCAUAAAAGUGCUGCUGCCGCAGCGACAGGCACAGGGGCAGGGGCAGGGACAGGGAAAGGGGGAGGUUCGGGGAGGUCAGGCUCGCGGGCAGGUUCGGGGACAGGCUGGGGUGGUGGCCGGGGUGGUGGCUGGGGGGGGAGGUACGGAUAAUGGGCGGGAAGGAGGGGUAGGAGAACGAGGGGAGGGGUUGUGCAGAGAGGAAGGGGAAGGAAUGACUGUUGCAGCGAUUGAUUUUGUGAGGAAGAAAUAUGCGAGGAAAGGAGCAGUAGGGGAUGUGGUUGCAGCGAAUGAGAGUAGGGUUAAGGGAGAGCAAAUGGGAGAUGGGGUGGCAGGGAGGGGGGAUGUCAGGGUAGGGGAGCUUGUGGGGGGAAUAACAGGGAUGGGGGCAGCAGGAGGAGGAGAGAGUGGGGAAGGAAGAAUGAGUGUGUUAAGAGCAGAGGGGGCUCAGGGGGAGGGAGUGCAAGGGGAGGUUCAAGAGGGGGUUGAGGGGAGUAUGGGCGGAGCAGGAGCGGGAGGCAAGAGGAAGCGGGGGCUGGGUGGAGGAGGGGGUGAAGUGGGCAGGACAGAGGGGUUGGAACCGGUUAUUAUGGUGAAACGAGUAAAAGGGACUAGUGGGGCUGGAACAGGGAGGGGAGGAGGGAGGGGAGGAGGGAAGAGAGGAGGGAGGGGUGGGAAGAAAGCGGGAAGGAGAGGGGGGAAAGGGAGAGGAGAAGGCGCAGCAGAGGUGGCAGGUGUGGAGCUACUUGGGGGAGUGGUGAGGGGUGCAGAUGGGUGCGUGCUGCCCCUGCUGAUAGUCGCCUGCCCUGCUGUUGCUGUGCCUCUGGGUAAUACGGUGGGACCUAGGGUGGGGGGUAAGGCUUCUUUUGAGGCGCUUCAAAAACCUGCUGCUGCUGUGGCUUCGGGUGAUAUGGUGGGAGAAAGGAUGGAUACUGCUGCAGGAGAUGCAGGUGGGGAUGUGACUGGGUGUUUAGCCACAGGGGUUGUGAAUAAUGGGGCAAGCAGGGAUUCGGGAGAGGGGGUUGUGAGGGAGGAACGAGGUGGGGCUGGGGCAGGGAUGGAAGGAGCAGGGGCAGCUGGAGCAGUGGGGAUUGGAAAGAAAGGGGUGAAGGGGACGAAAGGGGGGAAGAGGGGGAAGAAGGGAGUGAAGCGGAAAGUAGGGGGUAAGGCCAUCAGGCAUAAGCUUGGUGCUGGUGCUGGUGCUGGUGCUGGUGCAACAGCAACAGCAGUAGCUAUACUGACAUUAGCAGGAGCAGGGGCAGCAGCAGAAGCAUAUGUGGCAGAUGUAGCAGCAGCAGGGGAAGGAGCAGCAGGAGAAGGAGCAGCAGGGGAAGGAGCAGCAGGGGAAGGAGCAGCAGGGGAAGGAGCAGCAGGGGAAGGAGCAGCAGGGGCUAAAACGAGGCAGAAAAGAGCUGUGAAGCAGCCAGCAGGGGGAAGAAUCCGGCUUUCACUUGGAACACAAGACGCAGCAGCAGAGGAAGCAGCAGAAGCAGCAGCAGCAGAAGCAGCAGCAGCACAAGAAGCACUACAAGACACAACACAAGAAGGCCUAGCCACAGCCGUCCCACUGCAGAGAGGCAACAAAGCAGGGCGCUCGGCUCAGGAACCUCUAGAGACAACUCAAAAGGCAGGAAGGACACUUGAGGAGCAUCAGGAAGGGGGAGGUGAAGUGGCAGCGGCAGCAGCAGAUGCACAGCCAGCAGGCCUGCGGUCGCUCCACUGCUCGCGGUGCAGAAGGGUUCGGAUGGUUCCCCGACGCAACCCCCCUGCUUGGGUGGUUGACAGGGUUGUUAGGGAUAGCAAAGGGAGAAUAGGCACCUGGGGCGUGUAUGGGGACAGGUGGAACCGAGAGGGGGAGGGUGUGGGUUUGGAGGGAGAGGAAGAGGAGGGGAGGGGAGGAAGAAGGUUUGGGGAGGCGGGGGAGGGAGAGGAGGGAGGAGAGGAGCGGUGGAGGCGUGUUUUUGAGUGUAAGAUGGUGUGGGGGAUGAGUUGUCGUACUAGAGUGCAGUUGAUGGGGGAGUGGAAGGAGGGGAGGGUGAGAUGGGAUGGUGAGGAGGAGGUGGAGGAAGAGGAGGAAAGAGGGGAGGGGAUGGAGGGGAGGGUAGUGAGUGGAGUGGUGGGGAGGAAGGAGGAAGUGGCAAGAGGAGAGGAGGGGAGAGGGGGAGAGGAGGGGAGAGGAGAGGGGUUGCAGGAGAGGAGUGGAGUGGUGGAUGAGAGGUUGGGGAGAAUGGAGGAGGGAGAUAGGAGUGUGGAUGGAGGGGGGAGGCGCGUGGGAGCAGGGAAGCGAGUGGGAGGCAGAAAGAAAAAGGUUGAGUUGCAGGAGGGGUUUGGGGCGUCUAGUAUUGGUGGUGAGGGAGAGGAGUGGGCUGCGGCUGAUGCGGUUCCUGCAACUAUUGUGGCUGCUGCUGCUCCUGCUGCUGGUGAUUGUGAGCAGCAUGUAGCCUUGCGCAGGGGGGCGUGUUUUGCCAGUGGGUCGUUGCGCCCCCCUUGCGCCUCAUCCCUUUCUCCCUCUGCUCUGUCGCUCUUAUCAGUGACUGAGGCGUCCCAAAAGCCUCUUACUCCUGCUCUCUCGCCCGCUGUUCCCCCGUUGAGGCUGAGAGGAAAGAGGGCGCGUGAGAAGGGGGAGAAGGAUAAGGAGAAGCAGAAGAAGGAGAGGGAGGAGGGAGGGGAGGAGGAGAUGGGGAGUGUAGGAGAAGAAGGGGAAGGAGAGGAGGCGUGCAGGGAGGAAAGGAGACAGAAGGAGUGUCGGGACAUGAAUGUGCAACAGCAGCAACAGCUGCAACAGCAACAGCAACAGCAACAACUACAGCAACAGCAAAGGCAACAGCUACAACUGCAGCAACAGCAGCAGCAGCAGCAGCAGCAGCAGCAGCAGCAGCAGCAGCAGCAGCAGCAGCAGCAGCAGCAGCAGCAGCAGCAGCAGCAGCAGCAGCAGAAGCGGGAGAAAGUGGAGAAAGCUGAAAAGACAGGAACUUUCAGCAGAGUUUCGAGAAGAGCAACAAGAGCAGCCGCAGCUGCCGCCGCCGCAGCGAAAGCAGCAGCAACAGCAGAAGCAACAGCAGAAGCAGCAGCAGCGUCAAUACGGAAAGGUCAUACGGCCGAAUGCCUGCCAGUUAUUGCUGCACCGUCCACCCUCCCUGCUCCGGAGGUGCCUGCUUCAAUUGUCCCCCCGCAUGCCACCUUGUUCGGGUCGACUCAAAAGCGUAAGUCAUUGAAAUUAACUCAGAAUCCAUGCUUCCUCCGAGUGCCUGUGGUGCCAGCGCUGCCAGUUGAGUCAGUGAUGACAGAACUUCCUGUGUCCCCUCUGUCCUCAGUGGUGCCUGCUCUAGUCGACUCAGCUGCUGCCGCUGCACCUACUUCCCCGCGAAACGCUCUUGGAAUUCUUAAACGCCACCGCAACAGCACGGCUGCGAAUCCCUCUGCUCAGCAAGGGGGAGAGGCAGAGAGCGUGGAUGUUAGAUGCCCGGGCUCUGCUUUUGAGGCACCCUUUGAGGCACCUUUUGAGGCACCUUUUGAGGCACCUCUUGAGGCACCUUUUGAGGCACCUCAAGAAGAAGAAGCAGAGGAAGGGAGUGCCACAAUCAGAUGCCUGGAUUUCACUAAGGCUCUUUCUGCACAUGCCACCCCUGCCGUUCCUUCCGCAAUUCCUUCUCCUGAUGCUGCCGCUGCUCCUGCUCCUGCUCCUGCUCCUGCUGCUGCUGCUGCUGCUGCUGCAAAAACCUGCUGCUGCUGUGGCUUCGGGGAUUCGGGAGAGGGGGUUGUGAGGGAGGAACGAGGUGGGGCUGGGGCAGGGAUGGAAGGAGCAGGGGCAACUGGAGCAGUGGGGAUUGGAAAGAAAGGGGUGAAGGGGACGAAAGGGGGGAAGAGGGGGAAGAAGGGAGUGAAGCGGAAAGUAGGGGGUGGAACCGAGAGGGGGAGGGUGUGGGUUUGGAGGGAGAGGAAGAGGAGGGGAGGGGAGGAAGAAGGUUUGGGGAGGCGGGGGGAGGGAGAGGAGGGAGGAGAGGAGCGGUGGAGGCGUGUUUUUGAGUGUAAGAUGGUGUGGGGGAUGAGUUGUCGUACUAGAGUGCAGUUGAUGGGGGAGUGGAAGGAGGGGAGGGUGAGAUGGGAUGGUGAGGAGGAGGAGGUGGAGGAAGAGGAGGAAAGAGGGGAGGGGAUGGAGGGGAGGGUAGUGAGUGGAGUGGUGGGGAGGAAGGAGGAAGUGGCAAGAGGAGAGGAGGGGAGAGGGGGAGAGGAGGGGAGAGGAGAGGGGUUGCAGGAGAGGAGUGGAGUGGUGGAUGAGAGGUUGGGGAGAAUGGAGGAGGGAGAUAGGAGUGUGGAUGGAGGGGGGAGGCGCGUGGGAGCAGGGAAGCGAGUGGGAGGCAGAAAGAAAAAGGUUGAGUUGCAGGAGGGGUUUGGGGCGUCUAGUAUUGGUGGUGAGGGAGAGGAGUGGGCUGCGGCUGAUGCGGUUCCUGCAACUAUUGUGGCUGCUGCUGCUCCUGCUGCUGGUGAUUGUGAGCAGCAUGUAGCCUUGCGCAGGGGGGCGUGUUUUGCCAGUGGGUCGUUGCGCCCCCCUUGCGCCUCAUCCCUUUCUCCCUCUGCUCUGUCGCUCUUAUCAGUGACUGAGGCGUCCCAAAAGCCUCUUACUCCUGCUCUCUCGCCCGCUGUUCCCCCGUUGAGGCUGAGAGGAAAGAGGGCGCUUGAGUCAGUGAUGACAGAACUUCCUGUGUCCCCUCUGUCCUCAGUGGUGCCUGCUCUAGUCGACUCAGCUGCUGCCGCUGCACCUACUUCCCCGCGAAACGCUCUUGGAAUUCUUAAACGCCACCGCAACAGCACGGCUGCGAAUCCCUCUGCUCAGCAAGGGGGAGAGGCAGAGAGCGUGGAUGUUAGAUGCCCGGGCUCUGCUUUUGAGGCACCCUUUGAGGCACCUUUUGAGGCACCUUUUGAGGCACCUCUUGAGGCACCUUUUGAGGCACCUCAAGAAGAAGAAGCAGAGGAAGGGAGUGCCACAAUCAGAUGCCUGGAUUUCACUAAGGCUCUUUCUGCACAUGCCACCCCUGCCGUUCCUUCCGCAAUUCCUUCUCCUGAUGCUGCCGCUGCUCCUGCUCCUGCUCCUGCUCCUGCUGCUGCUGCUGCUGCUGCUGCUGCUGCUGCUGCUGCUGCUGCAGCUGCUGCCAUUGAAGCUGCUCCCUCUGCUGUUCCCGCAGCCGCUGCUGGGAAGCAGCACCAGCAGCAGAAGCAAGAGCAGCAGCAGCAGCAGACCCCAUUCCAAGUAGUGGAGUAG